ACCCACAGAAAAUCGCAUCGCCAUCCAUCCCACCAAAAGCGCACAAAAUCGGAAAGACUCGCCUCGACUCGCCUCGCUGGAUCGCCGCGUAUCAUCAUCGUCAUCCGCGCACAACCACGCCCGACCUCGCUACCCGCAAACCACCCACGAAGCCCAAGAGAGGAAUAAAUAUCUAGGCGAUAACCUAGCUACGACCAUGGUCGAAUCCCUCAAAGAUGUGCCGUUUAAGGCGGUUCGGGUCGAGGCCCUGGUGGUUAUGAAGAUUGUUAAGCACUGUUCGACCAGCUUCCCCACGACCGCGACGGGGUCCAUUGUGGGUAUGGAUAAGGAGGGAGUCCUCGAGGUCACGAACACCUUCCCAUUCCCUACCGUCGACGUGGCCAACGUCGAAGGCAGUCACCAGAAUGACGCCUCGGCCAUCGCCGCGGCCGCGCCCCGCGCGAAGGCGAACAUCGUCUACCAGAACGAAAUGAUCCGCCAUCUCAAGGAGGUCAAUGUCGACGCCAAUAACGUGGGCUGGUACGUCAGCGCCACCAUGGGCAACUUCGUCAAUUCUAGCUUCAUCGAGAACCAAUACCACUACCAGCGCGAGAACGAGCACACGGUGGCCCUGGUGCACGACGUUAGUCGAAGCUCACAAGGCGCGCUAAGCCUACGCGCGUUCAAGCUGACGCCGAAGUUCAUGGCGGCGUUCAAGGAGGGGAAAUUCACAACUGAAAGCUUGCAAAAGUCAAAGCUCUCCUUCAAGGACACCCUCGUCGAAUUUCCGAUCGAGGUCCACAACUCGCACCUCCUGACUUCCUUCCUCCACCAGCUCCCCGCCGCUCCUACGGCCGGCGACCUCCCAUUGCCCACCUCCCUCUCCGAUCUGGAGCGCGACCCUAUCAAGAUGCCUCUCCACCCGUCCACAGACAUCCUAGACCUCUCCAUAGAUCCCUUCCUCGAGAAGACAUGCGACCUCCUGCUCGAAAGUAUAGAGUCGCACUACACCGAGCUCAACAACCACCAAUACUACCAGCGGCAGCUUACCCGGGAGCAGGCUAAGAUUACAGCGUGGCAGACCAAGCGCAAGGCCGAGAACGCGGCACGCGCUGCGGCCAAGCAGCAGCCGCUGCCGGAAGACGACUGGCAGCGAAUCUUCAAGCUUCCCCAAGAGCCCAGCCGACUGGAAGGUAUGCUCAAUGCGAAGCAAGUCGAACAGUACAGCAAGCAGAUCGACGGUUUCACGGCCAAUGUCAGCGCCAAGAUGUUUGCCGUCAGAGGGAAUCUCUUGCCGGAAUAAGCGAUCGCUAGCGAAGGGGGGGGGGGGGGGG